CAGUUAUAACCUUCACAGAGCUGAUGUUUGUUGUUCAACUGUUUGUUGACAUUAUUUAGAGUAACCGUACAUAAUUAUAUUUCAGGAUGAGUAUUCCAGGGACAUCAGCCAAUCACGCUAAUGGUCAAGAUACUAAACCUACUAUUACAAUGAGUGCAGGACAGAUGGUAUCAAACCAGUCUUCCAGUAUUGGAGGUCAACAGUUAAUUGAUUUCUUACCAUCAUUAGAAGAUUAUACUCCAACUAUACCUGAUGCAGUUACUGGUUCGUUUUUGAAUUCUGCUGGAUUCGCUUCAACAGAUCCCCGAGUUGUACGUCUGAUUUCAUUAGCAGCACAGAAAUUUCUCUCUGAUGUUGCAAAUGAUGCCUUGCAACAUUGCAAAGUUCGAACAUCUAAUCAGUCAUCAAAAUCUAAAUCAAAAGACAGAACAUACACAUUAACAAUGGAUGAUUUGACUCCGGCAUUAGCUGAACAUGGUAUCACAGUGCGGAAACCACCUUAUUUUGUAUAAACACAUUUUUAGAAUUAAUUUUCUUUUAUGCUAAUCUAUUCUGUGCUGUAGAAUUUUUCAUUUCAAUUAAUAUAUUGCUGUUAAAGUUUAUGUUAACUCAUAAAAAGUUUAUUUCAUUGAUUUUUUUUCUAAUUGAUAAGGAACUUUGUAACGACUGAUAAAGACUUAAUUUUAAUAAAUAUUUUUUUGCAAUA